AUGUAUUCACAUAUUGAUUCUGCAGGCACUGCGGUCACUAUCGCUCAUUUCAAGGCACAAAGCUUGCCAGUUGUCGAUCGCAUUCUUGAGCCUCAAACUAUCGCCCAUUUCCUUGAAUUCGCGUUCGGUGAGGAGCCCCUACCAAAUGGCAAACAACCCGGCAUCGAGCGCCUGUCUGUAGAGGAAGCCUCCUUCCUCCAACCGGACCAAAAUUUCCCCCCGGACUCCAAUGGCGAAUCCAUGAUGGCCAGUGUCAUGUCCCGGAUUGGAUCUAAACGAGAUUCCAACCGUCUCUGCCUGGUCGGAAAGAAUAUCCAAUUCCUCAAGUCUCGUCUAUGGGAGGGUGUCAUCCCCCUGAGCGAGCAGUUAUGGCAGGAAAAAGGCCUCGAUCGCCCAGAAUAUUUCGAUUUCGCUUGUCAGCAUUUAACAGCCGUGGUCGCCGUAUUCCAGUAUCUGAAUGAGCCAACCGUGCGAUUAUAUCUUCGCGACACGUUCAAUUACAUCUACGACCAUUGGACUGCGCUCGAUACUGUUCUCAACAAGCUCAGAGAGGAGCAAGGUAAAAAGCGCGUUAGUGUCGCGGCUCUAUGGACAUGUUACAUGGCUGCUCAUUUCGAGAUGAUGACCGAACGCGCCCAUAGAUGGGUUACCGUGCAUGUGAAUACACUGCGCGCUCCAUUGAUGCGAGCGCUUUUGGAGUAUCGGCGACCUGGGGGAGAAACCCUCGGUGAUGAGCCUGAUGCGAUACAGUGGAAGAUUGGCGAUUCGCUGCACAUGCUGACUGAAAUAAUGGGCAAUGCUGAUUUUACCAUCAUGAUCCCCAUGAACGGUUAUAAGGGGUACUUUGCGGAUCCCCCGCGGGCGGGUCCGGCGGCACUUCAUGCGGCAAAUCUGCUGGCGAGAAGUAAAGCAUAUCAUGAGCGGUUGAAGCUGCUUACUCGGGAGGCGCUUUCCCGUAAUGCGGCUGAGUUCAGAGGAUUAAAUCCUACCUCCGGACAGAUGUACCAUUCGACAUCUCUGAGCCAGAUUCAAGGACAGAACAAGUUGAGGAAAGAGGUGCGUGGUGCACCUCUUGAACCUGUUCCGCGUGAGCCUUGGAUUGCUGCUACCGCUUCAAAUAUAGAAUUUGAAAAGAAGAAGGGAAAAGAGGAAAAGUACGGGUUGGCUGUGUAUCGGUUGACUUAUGGGCAGACGGAGUCUGAAUGGACGGAAUUCGUUCGCAAGGUGGAAGCUCAUGUCUCGGAUUGGGGUAAAGGUCAAACAGGAAGCAGUUCUAUCAAGGAGCAUUUAAAGCUCCGCUGGCUGGAUGGAAAGGGAUUGGGUAUUGCAGAGGGCGAUGUCGAUGCAGCAAAGGAGUGGGUGUCUUUUUCCCUAUCGCGCAUUCCCUCUCUCAUUUUGAAAUUAACAAAUGUAAUCAGACACUUCAAAACCAUCAAAGAAGGCAACGACGACUGGUCAAGGUUGGAAGGCGGUGCUUUCCUCGUCAUCGACUCCGCAUCCUUCGCCUCAUACACCACCAAUUCCUACAGUCCCGCAAACUCCCAGCUCAACCCCGGCGACUUCACCGGCUUCCUUCUCGCCAUCGACGCAACCUUCGACCCGAAGAAAGGCAUUGAACGACCCGACGAGUCACCAGGCUACAACGGCCAGAUGCGAAUUCUCGGAAGUCUCGUGUGGAGCGAUCUCUAUUCCCUACAUGCAGCACAGACAUUCCUGGUCGAAGACUACUGGCCAUUGGCAAGCGAGCACCCGAACAUGGUAUACGUCGGCCCAACAGUCCCAUGGCAGCGAUUCAUCUGGCAGAAUCACAGUGAAAUGCGCUGGAAUCUCAUUCGAGCGGUGAUAGACCAUUUAAAGCGCAACCCGGAAAUGCCACCAAUGCCACCAGCCCAAACCCGUGCUACACCUUCAACUGCGACUACAGCUGCAUCUACAGCCGCGCAACCAACCCCUUCUAUACCCUCAUCGACACCACCCGCAGAAAGAGAUCCCCUCAACGCAGCACUCCGCGCAUACAUGCUCACCGAGUUUCAGCGCUACUUGCGCCAUGAGGGUCAACCGCGGCAGGCAGCAAUGGUCGAUGAAUUACUCCGUCUUCAGCCAGGUGAGGAGCCGGAUGGAGCACGGCUGCGACAGUUGGUGGAUGAUGAGGAUGAGCGACAGGAGCAGCGGAGGCGAGAUGGGUUGGGUGAAGAUGAGGAGACUUCGGAGGAGUAUCACCCGGAUUGUCCGUUGCAGUAA